AUGCCACCUAAAAUAAACUUCAAAACGCUCUUAGGGAAGCGAGACAAUGCUAUACAUGCUUUAAAAGAAUUGUUUGAAGAGUUUGAGACGGUGUUUGAAAUUCAGCCACAAUUAAAAAGGCUAGAACAAAUAUUUACAAUACUCGAAACCAAAUACAGAAGUAUCAAGGAGCAGCAAGAAUUCAUCGCAGACAAAUAUGUAGAGGAGGGUGUAGAAGAAACGUUGAAGGAAGCUCACAAAAGAAUAGGUGACGCUGUAAAGGAAGAAUAUUUGAAGAUAUCUAAAAAGUUUGCUGCCUACCAAAAAGAAGUAAGCUCCAAGAAACCUCAAGAAGAGACAGAAACCUUAAAGGCAAUGACAUCCGCAGUUCUAAAAAUGACGGAGACUAUGUCCACGGGAUCAAAACCUAGUAAGAGUGGACUUGAACGUUUGCCAGUUCCAUCAUGGGAUGGCAGCCGUAGAAUGUACCCUACCUGGAGGAAGGAGUUUAAUCACUGGAUGAAAAAGUAUGCACAAGAUGAAGAUGAACAAUUGCAACGUUUCAGGAAGGCAUUGCCAAGCCAUUUGUGGUGGACAGAUCAAGUAAAGACCUGCAGAACCAUCGACCAAGCUUGGAAAAUCUUAGAUAUUGAAUUUUCAGACAAACGAAAGCUAAUGGAUGAACUCUUGGCAGGAAUUUCCAAGCACGACCAG